AUGCUAGAAAUGGGUUAUGUGCCUAGCACGUAUUAUGCUCUUCGUAAUGAACGCGUGGAGAAGGAGAAUAAGGAAGAAUGGAUUUUUGGUUACAAAGAAGAAGUCGCGGUUGUUAUGAAGCUUAUUAACUCGAAGCCUCGAUCUCCAGUCACUGUGAUUAGUAAUUUUCGCAUUUGUCCUGAUUGCCACAAUGCAUUGAAGUUUAUGUCGGAGAUAACUGGGAGAGAGCUGAUUAAGCGAGAUAGAAAGAGAUAUCACCACUUCAAUAAAGGCAUCUGCGGGUGCAACGAUCUCUGGUGA